ACGGCUGUGCCGACGAGGAGUCGGCGAGCCGUGCAAGCCCCGUGGCCGUCGCCGCAGGCGGCGACGGCACCAGCGUCACCAGUGCCGGCACUAGCGACACCAGGCCCGGCCAUGCUGGAAGAGGGCAUGGUCCUGCACUGCGCCUACUGCGCGCUCAGCUUCACGGGGGUCCAGCGCGGCGGCGCAGCUCAGGGACCACGUGUUGUGCGAGCACCCGAAGAGGGAGUCCGGAAGAAGACGCGUCGGUCGACGUGAAGAAGGAGCCCAGCUACGAGUCGACCCCGAUGACCGUGAAGAAGGAAGAGCCGAGCGACGAGUCCGCCGCGCCGCGUCCCCCGAGCGACGGCCCCGUGGUAGGCGUGGCCGCCUUCACGUGCUCGAAGUGCGGCAUGAACUUCUCCAAAAAGGAACACCUGGAGAAGCAUGACCUGGUGCACACUGCUGCCCUUCCCGGCGCGCAGCCGCGUUCCCAGGCGCCCGUCCAGCCAAGUGCCGAUGAGAACGCGGCGUUGCGCAAGUUCAAGUGCCCCGAACCGUCGUGCGGCAAGGCGUUCAAGUUCAAGCACCACCUCAAGGAGCACAUUCGCAUCCACAGCGGCGAGAAACCGUUCGAGUGCCCCCACUGCCAGAAGCGGUUCUCGCACUCGGGCUCCUACUCGUCCCACAUGACGAGCAAGAAGUGCCUCGUCGUCAACCUCAAGGUUCGCAAGAUGGACACCAAGGCGGCGCGGCAACGUGCCGCCAACGGGGCCACCGGUGGUGCCCAGGGCAACACCUACCGGCCCAUCAUUCCAAAGUUCGGCACCGGCGGCGAGGUGUCCGUGACACCUCUGGCGAACUCUUACAUGCACGAUCGUUUCCCGUUUCCCGGGGACUACGCAGCCCGCUCGCCGUCGUCCGCAAGCCAGCCGGGCGUGGCGCCGCCGUUUCUGGCUCCGUACACUUCCCCGCUUGCCUUCCAACACCUGCUGGCCAGCCAUCUCUCGGCGAUUUCCCCGCAGUACCACCUGUCCAAUCUCUCGCCAUCGUUCAGCGAGGUCGCCCAAAUGCUCCAAGCCAGCACCGCCGUCAUGGAGAAUACCCCGAUGCCCGUCAACAACGGUGAGCUCAAACUGCAGCAGCACGAAGCCUUCAAGAGACUCCUCGAAAUGAUGGACAUCGCGGCUGCCAAGCCCAGCAACGGCGCCUCGCCACCUCCGCCCAAGAAGAACGGCCUUCUUUCCGGCCUACUGGACUCUGCUCCUCUACAGGCCAGCCGCGAUGACCCGGUGCCCAAACGCGAGUACACGUGCGUCCACUGCAAGACUGCCACAUUCGACAGUUUGGCGGCGCUGCACCACCACGAAAAACUCGUGUGCCCCGCUGCCUGUGACGUAAACCGGAACCUUUACGCCGACGUCAGGGGUCCUCCCGCAUUACUUCCGUUGGCGGCGGUCAGGGAUGAGUCUGGUCGCGAGUCGAGCGGUGGAAGCGACGUGACUGACGACGACGACGCCGAGAGCGGCGAGGAUGGUGGCGGGAGGCGACCCCGACCGGACACCAUAUUGCCGCGCCACCAAAGCUUCCUGCAGGCCGCCUUCUCAAUGAAUCCUUCGCCGAAUCGCGUUUAUCUGUCCAACCUCGCGCGAAGAAUUCAUUCGAGCACGAGGAGCGUGCGCGCGUGGUUUCGAAGUGAGGCGGCGGCCCGGUCUCUUGCGACCUCGUCACGCCAGCUGUCAUCGCCGUCGUUCGGUUCGUCUCCCUCGUCCAAACCCGGGGAGGUCGUCGGCUCCCCGCUUCAGGUUUCGUACGCUUCUCUCGGUGUGGCGCUGAAUGGCGGUGCGUCGUUACCAGACGUACAACCAUCGGAUCCAGCGCUUGCAGAAUCCGAACAGCCUCUGGAUCUUUCGGUCAAGUCCCUGGGCGGCCGUUCCGGUUCAAAUACACCCUGGAGUAUCGGUGGUUUCAGCUUGGGUCACGGGGAACCGGAAAAUGACUGCGAAGCUCUCAACCUGAGUCAGAGAUCUCCGCGCACUUCGACGCCCAGGGAGAGCGACACGGUGUUGCUCAACGGCGACGUUCCGCAACGGCGCCGGUCACCGCCUUCGUCGCUUCGGUGUCCCCUCGUACCCUACACAGCGUCCGAAGACUUCAAGACGGCCGCCAUGUUUCACACUGGAAGCCCCCUACUGUCCUCUUCAGCGAACCGGAUUCUCGCUCUGUCGGCUUUCAAAAGCAUCGACUUCGAGGCCGACUUGCAGCGGUACCGUGAGCUUCCCUUCCGGGACAGGCAUCACCACCACGGUUACCCGUCGACGCCGCAGGAACCAGUCAUGGGACUCUCGUUGGCUUCCCCCCACGCGGCGCUCUCGCCGCCGACCAUGCGCUCGUCGACGUCAUCGGACAGCCGCGACGCCACCAACAGCCCUCCCACGCACAAUACCUCCGGCUUCAGGGUCGGCAAGAUGCUGUCCUCACCACUAUACUAUCCGGACGCGGAGGACCAAGGCAGCGGAGAGCCCGGCAGUCCUAAAUGCUACCUGAAGAAAAACUUCAGACAGGGCGAUGCGGAGUGCUUAGCGGAAGAUGACUGCCCGUCGAAUGAUGAGGACCCGCGCCAACCGGGCUCCAAGAAGCGCAAGCUUUCGGCCAAGGGCGACGGAACCGGAGAAGACGGCUGCAACUUUUGCUGCGACCAGUGCGAAAAGACGUUUAACAAGCAGAGCUCCCUUGCCAGGCAUAAAUACGAACACUCAGGCCAACGACCACACAAGUGCGACGUCUGCGAGAAGGCCUUCAAACACAAGCACCACUUGACGGAGCACAAGCGGCUGCACAGUGGCGAGAAGCCUUUUCAGUGCCAGAAGUGCUUCAAGCGUUUUUCCCACUCGGGCUCAUACAGCCAGCACAUGAACCACCGCUUCAGUUACUGCAAGCCCUACCGAGAUAAUGGCAAGUAAGGCGAGCGCCCCGUCCAUCGACCUCCAGCGGAAGGACCUGCCCAAGGCAGCCCCGGCACGACCCUCCGAACCCGCGGUGAGCGCGCCGGUUGUAGCUGGACGUCUACGCCAUCUGCUUGAUCACGAGAAGCCACGCGUCUCUGCGCUGUUUGAUUAGAUGCAGUCGCAAAAUAUUGAAAACCUUCAGUGUGGCGCAAGCAGAUGGCUGGAGGGGCGGUCCACACUUCGGCCAAGAGCCAAACGAAGUAAUUGGCAAUUUUCGUCAACGCAUUCCAAGGAGUAGGUGAGCUGUGGUCAGCGAGAGUGUGGAAAAAGGGCAGCCGCUGCUCCGUUGAUAGAGUUCUUCGUGUGUUCAAGGUUUCGCGUCAGCUUCGUUCGACGGUGUUCCUGUGGCCUCAGUCAGCUGCGGGACCGGCCUCCUCACUCCCGCAGUCCCUGCAGGUGUUCAGGCCUGAACUUAUGAACGACGGUGCCGUGUAUCCAGGAUCGCGUGCUGCCGUCACCCAUGCUUCGAGACGCACGCUCAAGUUCCAGGAGGAGACACCGCACGAUGCUACGUGACAAGCUUGCUUCCGGCCACGCGAUUCCUCCGGCAAGGGUCGACGCCUGCGCCAAGAACCGGUGCCCUUUGCCUCGGCAUCUGUCGAGACCUAGACAAAGUGCCGGAAGCGGAUCUCGGAAGACAAGAGAUGCGAGCCACGCGAAUUGGAGCGCGGUGUGUGUGCGCGUGACUGUUUACUUGAGACAAUGACCCUCAGUGUAUGCUGGUUACUUCCGGUCAUCUCCCCAGUAGCCUCGUGGACAAGACCUGGGACUCCGACGCAGCAGCACCUCUGCACUUAGUUCCUCCAUCCUUCCACGAACAAGGGAAAACGCAUGAGGUUCGCUUUGUUACCGACUGCAGCAGCUUCACGGGAUCAAAAAAGAAGAGUAAUUUAACGAGAGUGUACGUGACUGAAUGACUUGAGGGACGUGUUUUGCCUAGACGAGUGUUGCUGGGACUCGCUCUCGCUCUUUAGUGUUUGAUUUUGUUUUCUCUUCCCGCCUACUUCGCUGUCUUUCCUCUCCGCUAAUACAUCUAACACAGACAAGAGCUGUUUUUACGCUGUACCAUAGUACAUUGCUGUUCGCGAGGUUUCUUUGAAGUGUGCUCUUCAACGCUUGUAUGAUCAUUACACUAUUACGCUAUCCAGGCGUGCGCGCGUGAGUGCAUGGGUGUUCGCUGUUUACCGCGCUGUAGUCGUCUCGGCUGCUCUAUUCGACGACCGUUCCUCGUUCCUGCCACGACCUUGCAGUUGGUUCGCACGAGGCGCCUGUCUCUCUUGUUUCAUUCCUGAAAUAUUCUCACUUUGUGAUGUGACUGUAGUAUCUACUGAGUCGCGCACGAUUGUACUCAUCAUUACAGAGGGCCGAGUCACUACUCGUUUUGUUUCUCUCUUUUUUUUUCUUUCGCAUUUGCUUUUUUCGUCAGCCUUGUCGCUGGUUCUGUGUGUUCAAGUUCUCGCGGCCCAAAUUACAGCUGCGGCAUUGUACCUGGUUCUUUUUAUAGCAUGGUAGCAGGUUUAACAUCGUCCCAUGGCAUCUUGGGACGUUGAGCUCUUUCCUUUUUUUUUUUUUCGUCGAGCAACUUCCUCAAGUUUUUGGUGCAAGGCGUUUGCUCUGUGCAGCUGUGUGAAUAUAAACAACGAAGCUUGUCAAUCGCACGUUCUUCGUCUCGCAAUCUACUUAACUGCGUGAGAAUUCCGCGGAGCUUUUGAAAUGAUAGCUUAUCCCCCUGAGUUUGGCCGGAUGCUGCAUUUUGUUCUUUUUCAUUUUUUUGCAAUCCCAUUGUGGAAUGUUUCAUCAGCCCUUUCUGUUUGUCAUCAGCAUUCGUUUUCCCUACCGUCAUCUGGUUUUUACGUCAAAACAAAUAAUCUUCAGCUCCGCAAUCGCCUGUUAUGUUUGGCACUAGUCAACUGAUGCGCGGCUAGUCGUUUUUUUUUUUUUUUUUUUACAUCGGGAUUGACGUGCAAUCGCCUUAAAAACCAAAGAAGCCAAGAGAUUUAGUCGUUUUCUUUGAUUCCCGCUCUACUCAAUUCCCAUCUUGUAAUGCUUUAGCGAAGUGACGCCGCUCUGUGAAUCGUUACUGCGUUCGUGCUUGAGCCUCGUGUGUGCAGCUGUACGGUACGACGCAUGCGUACUUUGCAUGUGGCAGUGGCGCCAUCUGUGGAGCGGUAGCAAUUUGCUAUGGCGUUGUCACAUCUUCAGUCCACUGUGUCACAACGAGCUUAUCUCGUUUUCUCUUCCUUUCCUUUGCCCUCCGAAGCGCUACAGUCGCAAGCAGCAUGAACGGAAGAAAAAAAAAAAGCCGCAAACCGGCAUUUAGUGGUAUGCAAUCAAAUCGUGUACAUAAGAGAUUUCAUUCAUUUCUCGCGUUAUGACAUUUCGUUUUCUUUUUCUUUAAAGCAAUCGUUUCAUCUGUGCAGCAACAUCACGCGUCGCACCUCUCGCCGUUGAACGCACUCUAGAGUAAUGUGUAUAAAACGUUGGUACUCCGCAACAAGAAAAAGUGAUGCGCAAGCAUGCACCAGAAAUGCAAUCUCACCUGCGUAUCCCUCACUCGCAUAUUUGAAGAUAUAAAUAUAUAAAUAUAUGAAUAUAUACAUUAUAUAUACAUAUACAUAUAAACAUGAAGCUUGUGCCAAUUGAAAAGAGCGGAAUCUUUUUACGCUCCGUUCUCUUUUUUUUGCUUUUUUCUUACUCUCUCGUUUGCAAGUCGACAAACGUUGCGUUGUCUCGUGGCAUAGAGGCAGGCGCCCUAUCAGGUCCAUGCCGUAAAUGGUGGUUUGCUGAAUCCUAAACAUUCGUUUGGCGCUAUUGUGUGAACGGUGCCCGAGCGAAUUAUACUUAGGCUAAUUUUUCCUCAACAAGUGGUGUUACUCUGGGAACAGUUUCGUAAUCAUCCGAGUCCCCGCCACAACACUGAAUAAAAAAUGACUUGACCCGGCAUGCAUGGUUCCAAAAAUACAACGGCUUUUCUUUAUCUCUGUAAAUUUCCGUCUUUCGCCGGACUUGCGUGUAUCCAAUGAGUCAGCUGCAAGGCUCGUGCUAGCAGUAAUUAAGAAAGCUUACAAUUAUAGUUUGAACGGCGCAUGUGCCAUUUCAGUCGACUGUGCGCAAACUCUUGAACGGACGGCUCGUAAGCUUAGAACAUCUACGCAGCCGUUCAAUUCUAAUGGGCUUUGAUUGUUCGUUCCAAGUGAGCAGAAACGUUUGCAUAAGAACCGUCGGGUCUACUCUAGUCGUGGUCGAUCAGUUUCUAUUGAUCGGAAUUGGCAUCCGUAAUAAAAAAAAGACCUUUGGUCUUCUUACCAUGAUUUCAAGUAUACUGAGAUGGAAACUGGAUACAAUGUAUGGCGUCAGCCGUAUACCCACGAGCGAAGGAUGGCGCCGAUGACGCAAGGCAGCCUCUGCCUCACUGCCCGAGCAAGUCGCAACUCACAUUUUGUAAAUGUCAGUGUACAAGUUGCCCGUAUACCCUUGAGUUCAUCUCUUGUUUCAAGUGUCAUACAGCGAGUGCAUACCAAAGAAGGCUUAGUCUGUCGUCCACAUACAUCCUCGACGAAUACGGCCGCCCCCAUGUACAUACAUACUGCCAAAUGAACGUCGCAUCGCAAUGUGUUUGCGACGAGCUUUGUUUCAUCAGUAUUGUUUUAUUGUCAGUUAACUCUUAGUCGUUCUCUUUUAUUUUUCUUCGUUUCUUUCCAUUUCGUGUUUGACGCACACCACGUCGAAGGGACGUGCAUGCUGUAUUGUUCUCACGCAGUCUCGUUCAUCGCGCGCGUCCGCGUCGUGUGUUACAUCAUGCCAGUGCUUUCACAAAUUGAAUUGCACCAUCGGAGGCGACUCGACCUGAAACUGUCCCCCAGAAAGGUGUUGGCUCAUGGUCGAGUAUUAUAAUCGUCAACUUCAUUUUGUUCAUAUGAGUCCAUUCUCGUGUCGUGUCUUGAUUCAUCGCCGCAUUUUCAUCUUCCCGUUUAAAACGCAACUAAGCGUAUAGGACGAAGCCGAGUAAAAAAUAAAAGGAAGCGGCGAGUCAGUGUUGAAGUAUAUGUCUGAGGAAGGCUUUCGAACCACAGGCAGCCUCCGCAGGAGGGGUCCAGCUCUGGAAAACACGCUUUCGCACAAAGCACAGGCUUUGAUAUUCGUGCUUGAUCUUCUUCUUCCUGACCUCUGCACAUGGCACACACCCACUGGAGGGGUCAGUUGCGCUGUAAAAGUCAAAGCUACUUCUUCUUCGCUCUCUGUCGGAUACUUUUGCUCCAUUUAAUUUAUUUCACGUGCCAUACUAUGGUGAAGGCGUGGACCUUUGUGCAAUACAUCUAUGCCAUUAACAUGCAUCUGUGUCGAGGUAUACAUGAUCCACCAUAGCUUCUACCUCGACGUAUUUUAAGUGUAAAGAACAGGGUGGCAUCGCGGUUCUCACAGAAACGCAAGGAUUCUGCUGUCUCCUUGUAAGUUCGCAUCCUUAACGCGGCCUUUGGGGGUCUCACUUUAUCGAGCGUGUUUCUAGUCCGCUUUAAUUCUUUUUUAUUCACUACUUUCUGCGGGUAUGUAAUUCCGUGCCCUGGAAGUUAGGCGCCUGCCGGAGCCUGCGUAAAUCGAAAAAGCAUUCUUUCGCUGACUAAAUCACUUCCUGUGGAUCCCGAGCUAUACACUUGCGUGCUAUAGUAAUGGAGUGUCGUGGUUACUACUUGUGUUAAGUCUUUAGGUUGCCUCUGCCCUUGGAAUGGUACUUGAGGGGGGAUUCAGCGCACCUACCCUUGAUACUUAGAAAGGUAUGCUGGCGAAAUAACAUCCUAUGCCGCAUUUUGUAGUAUGCAGAAAGCCGCUGGCACUAGUCACUGCAAAUAGAAAAGGGGUGCAUGCAUACAAAAUCUUCUUUCUAUAUUGGACAAUUCGCAGGUCGAUCAUAUCAUCCUCGCCAUUUUCGCGUGUUAUUAUUCAUAUCGGUAACUCCCUGUUGACUUUUCCUGUCUUUGACUAGUGUUAAUGUUUUUUUUUAAUCUGUUCCACGACUAAUCAGAUUUUCGUAGCACCGGGCGCACACAUUUGUGGCCUGAUUGAUGAGUGUAACUAGUCGCUCUGUAUUAUAGGUGAUUAUCGUUUCUUUGUUUCUAAGCACUUUUUUCAGAUCAUGGUUUAAAAAGUCUGUUGACAGAGUAGCGUACUACGAAAUUUGCAAAGAAAACACCGUAGUCAAGGCGACGCUCCACAUUAGCCACACUUUAAGGUAAAGAUUGCGUGUCACUCUUAUUUUGGCUAGUCCCAGCUUGCCACGCAUGUAACUUUUUUUUUAAGUUGCACUUUAACUCCCUUUUGAAGAGUCGCGCGACACUUCAAAAUGGAGUGAAUGCGUGCCUUUAAGGGAGUGAUGUAUGAGGCGAGUCAGGUUUCACCAGAAAGAGUUGCAGGUUAACUUCCUUUUCUUUUUUUUUUCUUUGAAUGCUAUGGCAUCGUCCGGUUUGAUUCAGUUUACUGAUAAACUUGAAAAACAGCAUAUAGAACUCUUUGUUGCUAUAGCUUUUUUCUUUCUUUCUUUUCUCGCAGAAUGCCGUAUAAGAGGUACGAUCAAGUGUUUGCGAAUUUACUCGAACAUCUUCAAUCCCUAUGUCCUCUAUUUUUACCUGGCUCUAUUGUCCUUUCGGUGUUCGCACUUCUCUCACUGUAAUUAACGGAUGUGCGUUCGGAUCAUCUAUGCCACUCCCAUUCAUUUUUUCACCCAUCGAGUUUAUUCAAAGUGCAGUAUUACAUGAACAUGAGUCCUUGUGGUAUCCACCGACAAAAUGUGCCAAAACAUGCCAAAUUGUACACUGCUUCGAUGCCAAAAGUGGAUUACACUGUGAUGUUUUCUUUUGCGUUGUUGCCAAAGCCUUGUACACAGCCAAACUUCUCUUUUAGUCAUCCAGCGAGUGUUGUUGGAUUCUUGUAAGGUCUAAUCUAACGACGUGGUAACAGUGAUAAAGAUAAACUAUGAAGUGUGCCAAAAUGUAAAAUAUCAAAACACUUUUGCUACAGUUAGUAGGUGACCAAAGAAAAACUAGCUCUUGCUCUAAUGUUUGUCCUAACAUUUGAUUCGCUGGCAAGAGGUACGUUCGACUGCUUUAUUGCAAGCUUUUGUUUAUAGCACAGUUCGGCGAACGCCGGGUGCUCCUGAAGAACUAAUGCAUAUGCUGUCCAUAAGGAGCAAUUAUCCUAUGCCGUCUGGCUGCCUCACCAUCUCUCAUGUCGCGGCUUUGUGAUCGUAAACUUCGAAGCAUCACGUUGCCUACUCAAGUGGCUGUUAGCCUUCAUUCUAACUGUAGCGUCGUUACGUGGGCUCUCUGUCAUAGCUUAAGCGUGCGAACCGACAAAGUCAGCCUAACUACGUUUUACAUGUCUUCAAACAAAUGUUUAGAUGUUUUGUCGAAUUCGAAGGCAGCUUUUCACGACUGCGUAACUUUGCUGCAAGCAGUUAUUCCUCGUGAGAGGUUGCGGUUCUAUCGCUUUGAACGUUUAGGAUUCUCAAGUGUAUUACCGGCUCGUAGGCUUUUUUUUAUUAUUAUUAAUAUAGUGAGCCCGCAGCUGUCUCCAUCGGAACUUUGAACUCUUAAUCCACUGGCUGUAUACAUCACCUGCGGUGUUUUGCCCGUGUUUUUCGGGUCUUGUUCAGAUGUACUCAAACUGAAACUUGCCUUUGUUUCGCGAAAUACAAAUUUGAAAAGAGUUUAUUGGUCGACUUACACAGUAAUGCGAUUUUGGCUGUCAGCUUUGUAAACACGUGUAAAACGCCGAUCCACAUUUUUCCAUAAGAUAUUACAGCAUUGAACAUACGGCGGUGUUUUGCAUGACCAGACCGGACAGGCGCAUGGCUGUUGUCCAGCCCGGCCAUGUUUUUAACGUGCAACCAAUUUAGAAAAUUUUUUGCCGGACGUGCGUAGAACUUUGUGAAUUUCGAAACUGAACAUUGUUCAGUGCUGACGCUGUGAUUAGCAUUUGCGGAACGAGAACCUUCAGAGAACGAGGACAACUUGGCCGAGAACAAGCACACGUACGUCCUUAACCUCGGUUUCUCCACGACACCGAGCUUUAUUGAUGACAUUGUCAUAAUUGCUGUAACUUUUGUUGGUUUCAUUUGCGUAUCAGGGUAAUCGAUAUGCGGUGUCGUCCUUAUUAAACUACGGGAAUUGUAACAAAAAAAAAAGAAGACACGCACACGAUGAAAAGAGCAUUGCCUGAAGUUUUAUUACUGUGUUUCUGGAUCACCCUCCCGUGCAUGAAGUAAUGUGCACUGGGCUUUUAGCUUGUUGUUUCAUUAUUUUGUGUCGUAUGUGUAAGAUUUAUAUUUUGUAUAAAGCUUUUUGUUAACAACUGAA